CCUGAAUCUCACUAAACCAAAGGAAGCCGUGGUGUCUUAGAUCUCAGAUUUAUAUACCUCCCCCUCAGAGUCCUUUCUCAUUGGUUUCUCUCUCACCAACCACUUGAAACAACUUGCAUACACAUUCAUCCAAGAUGAAGUUCGGACGCCAAUUACCCCGCAACGUGGUCCCCGAGUGGGGCUCUGAAUACAUCAAAUACAAGGCCUUGAAGAAGCUCAUCAAGGCUGCGGCGGACAAUGUGAAGGCUGGCAAGGAGGCGGACCUUGCUGGUUUCUUCUACUCCCUCGAUCGAAAUCUCGAGGAUGUCGAUCACUUUUACAACAAAAAGUACGCCGAUUUUUCCCGCCGUCUGAAGUUGCUGGAGGACAGAUACGGGCAGUCUUUGGAUGGUGGUCAGCGAUUGGAUUCCGAGGAUGUCGAAGACCUGCUGGCUGCUUUGCUUGAACUGCGUAGCCAGAUGCGUAAACUGCAGUGGUACGGCGAGCUCAACCGUCAAGGAUUCAUCAAAAUCACCAAGAAGCUCGACAAGAAGGUUGGCGCUCAGGCGCAGCAGAAGUAUCUGCAGACCAAGGUCGACCCAGCGCCGUUCGCUUCGAACACCCGGGUCACUGACGCGCUGAGGAAGAUCAAUGACCGCUUGUCCGUCCUGGGCGAGCAGAAGAUCGACGAUGAUGCGAGCUCCAUACGCUCCUCCUUGUCAUUGAAGAAGGGUCCUGCGCGCCCCAACUUAAACUUGCCUGCGAGUAUGCUUCAGACCGUCGAUGAGGCGCUGCGCAAGGAUGAUACUCAUGUGCUGCUGGAGUUACUUGAAACUCUGAAAGCGGCGGCAGAUGAGUCGGGAGAAGAUGUAUACCCUAAGGUCCUUAACAGCCUCCUUCAGCGGUCCAUCAACUAUCGUUCCACGAGCUGCAUCUCGGUCCUUCUGGGUCGCAUGGACUCGCUGGACGAAGAAGAUGAUAUAAAUAGGCGCAAUUGUAUCCAUCGCUUGGUGAUAUCGAUCGGCCGGGCGCAGUCUACCACAGACUCAGAGCAGUCUGCGUCCAUGGUCCUGGACUUCCCUCUGGAAACGUCCAAUUAUAUCACCCCGGCUGCGCUGCCGACCCUCCAGCCCCCUCGCCCAGUCGUGAUGGAGGCGGACCACCCUAGUCAUUUGGAUCGGUCCGAUCCCUCUGUGUCGCUUCUGCAGUAUCUCUUGGAUCAGCUCCAGCCCAAUCAACGAGAUGCCCUCGUCGCCAAGGACAUUGCGGGACGCACGCCGCUACACUACGCGGCGCAGUAUGGAUUCAAGGUUGUCUGCGAAGUCAUCAUCGAGCAUUUGCAGGCGUGGGACCUGUUUGAUGUGACCGAGGGCAUUGAUGGUCCGCGCUGGCAAGACAACGAUGGUUGGGCUCCGUUGCACUUGAGUGUUGUUGGGGGCCAUCCGUUGACGACCCGUGCCCUUCUCGAGGCAGAGAAUUGGCAUGGUGCCAACAAGGACAAGGCGAAGAUCCGCAAGCAAGUCUCACGGUCUAGCGCAGUACUUGCUUUGGCCACCAAAGCCAACUUUGUGGACAUUGUCAAGUUAUUGGUUGAGGCCGGCGUGGAUAUUAACUACCAGGACGAACAAGGCGAAACUGCGCUGCAUGUUGCAGCCCGGUUCGGCCAUGAUAAAUGCGCCAAGAUCCUGCUGGAUGGCAACAGUGAACAGAAGGCUGACACAGAGCUUGCGGAAAACACAUACUCCUGGACUCCUUUGUUUAUCGCUUGUGUUGAUGGCGCGCUGAGAGUAGUGGAGCUGCUCAUCGAGGCCGGUGCCAAUCUGGAGCGAUGCGACUCCUCUGGCUGGACCGCGAAGGAGCAUGCCUCUCUGAGAGGUCAUCUUGACAUCGCUCGGUGUCUUGCCAAGGUCACUCCCGCGCCGGAUAUUAGUGAGUCGGAGCCUGUGAUCCCUGUGCCCCCCGUGGCCUCUGAUCCGCCCUCACCUCCCCUGUCGUCGCUUGCCGAGAGAAGAUCGAACGGUACUCCUGCCGCGAGCUCUCUACGGAACGCAGAGCCUAUCAAGACCUUUGGACACCGGUAUCUCACCGAUGAAUCCAUGGUUUUGGUUAGCCUGGGAACCAUGGACAUGCGGACGCAUACGGCAGCAGUCAACCUGGACCGUAUCCCGAUGGAGAAUGCGCAUUCCACGCAACUUGACACUGCUUUGUCUCUGGUGGUCUCUGCUAGCGGAGCUCGUGGAGAGCCGGAGGUGAUCGAUCUCCCUGUCCAGGAGAAUAUCUCUACCGAACCCAUUGUCUUUCAUGCCGCCGACGCUACGAAGGUCAGACUCCUUUUUGAUCUGAUUCCCACGUACGCAGGCUCCAAAGACAAGGUGGUCGGGCGUGGUGUUGCCCUACUUUCCAGUAUCAAACAAUCGGUGGGAUCGAACCGUAUCAAUCUCAAGGGCGACUCCACAGUUCCUAUUGUGGCUGCCAACACCCUCGAGGUCAUUGGUUCGGUGACUUUCAACUUCCUCAUCAUCACACCUUUCAAGCAUCCCAACAUGACGGUUACCGGAGAACAGACCUACUGGAGGAGUAUGAGCUCAACGAUGGUGAUCGGACAUCGUGGUCUAGGCAAGAACAUGGCCAGUCGAAAUUCGCUGCAGCUGGGCGAGAAUACCGUCCAAUCAUUCAUCGCUGCCGCGAACUUGGGCGCUUCCUAUGUGGAGUUUGAUGUGCAGCUCACAAAGGAUCAUGUUCCUGUCAUCUACCAUGAUUUCCUCGUCAGCGAGACGGGUAUCGACGCGCCGGUCCACACCCUUACCCUAGAGCAGUUCCUCCAGUUGGGCGACAAGGGUCCAUCUCGCAGGCCGGGAUCCCCGGUACCGGGUACGGACGGCAUUGGAGAGGGGAUGGCCGCUGCUUUCCGUCAGCGGUCGAUGUCUGUAGGCGGUUCCGAGUAUGACCCUACCGAACUCAACGAAAAGAUCAAGCAUACCCGCGAUUUCAAGAAAAAGGGCUUCAAGGGAAACAGCCGCGGCAACCACAUUCAGGCCCCAUUUGCCACAUUGGCAGAGUUGUUUCAGAAGCUGCCCAAAUCGGUGGGCUUCAAUAUCGAACUCAAGUAUCCUAUGCUCCACGAGAGCGAGGAAGAAGAGAUGGACACGUAUGCGGUGGAGCUGAACUCCUUCGUGGACACGGUUCUCACCAAGGUGUAUGACAUGGGUCAGGGCCGGAACAUGAUAUUCUCCAGCUUUAACCCGGACAUUUGCCUGCUGCUUUCUUUCAAGCAGCCGUCCAUUCCGGUCCUCUUUUUGACGGACUCUGGUGCGUCGCCUGUUGGUGAUAUCCGGGCCAGCAGCUUGCAGGAAGCGAUUCGUUUCGCGUCCCGCUGGAACCUGCUGGGCGUUGUCUCGCAGGCCGAAGCGCUAGUGCUUUGCCCGCGUUUGGUCCGGGUCGUGAAGGAGUCAGGUCUGGUCUGCGUGUCGUAUGGCGCCAUCAACAAUGACCCAGAGAGUGUCAAGCUCCAAGUGGCCGAGGGAAUCGACGCUGUCAUCGUGGACUCGGUUCUCGCCAUCCGUAAGGGUCUCACAGAACACCAGGGCAAAGGCGAUACGCCGGGCGUCUCGCCGCAGCCUAGUCCUCUGGCCAGAGCGACAUCUGGCUCUCUCAAGGAGUCGCUCAACAUUCCUGUGUUGAACCAAACGGAGCAGAAAGAUGACCAUCUACAUGUGAAGCCGGAGGCCAUUACAUCUAACCCCCGAUAAAUAGCGCGUUAUUUGACCAUCAGUUAGAAUUGGGAAGACAUAGUUGAAUGCAUUCUAUUAUUGGUCUGUUA